CACUGUCAGUGUGUACAACGUCUAGUUGUGUGAUUUGCACGAGCGUCCGUGCGCAUGCAUGUGUAGGUGUGUGCAAGAGAGAGAGUGGUUUAAGGGGCGUGUUUAUAGGAAAUAGAGAUUUUUGCGUGUGUGUGUGUGGGUGUGUGUGUGUUUACACAGACGGGAAUACUGCUCCAGAGGAAGUGCGCUCGUUCUCCGUCUGCGCGUCCCGACUUCCUGCUCUGAGGCAGGAGAGAGAAAAGCUGCGGAUCCGCUUUCAGACAGCGGGGCAGCAGCAGCAGCAGCAGCAGCAGCAGCAGCAUGGAGCCCCGACACAACACACACGCUGUGCUUUAAGAGCCAAACUCCCACGACACGCGCGGACAGACGCACAGAGAGAGAGGAGCCGCGGCGGUUCACAGCUGGUUGCAGAAGCCCCGGUGCCUGUGCCGUCAUGGAGAGCUCCAUCACCCUCUGGCAGUUCCUGCUCCAGCUGCUGCUCGACCAGAGCCACAAACAUCUCAUCUGCUGGACGUCUAACGAUGGAGAGUUCAAACUGCUCAAGUCUGAGGAGGUGGCCAAACUGUGGGGGCUGCGAAAGAACAAGACCAACAUGAACUACGACAAGCUGAGUAGGGCGCUGCGCUACUACUACGACAAAAACAUCAUCAAGAAGGUGAUUGGUCAAAAGUUUGUCUACAAGUUUGUCUCAUUCCCUGAGAUUCUGAAGAUGGACCCUGCAGUUGUGGAGUCGGGUCGCAGUGGCGAGGAGGUUGGGGGGACGACGUCAGAACCUGAAGCUGAAGAGGAGGAUCGGACUGACAGAAACCAGUAUCGCCACUCCAACUUAUACUCCUCUUUCACCAUCAGCUCCCUGCAGCAUGCUUUAGAACAGCAACGGCCAAUCAAGAAAGAACCCAGAUGCGAAGAAAGCUCCUCCGUCAUCCGGUUCGUAACCAACGGCGGCCACUCGUCCCUUCCUCCAACACCACCUCCAUCCACGACAGACAGCCCAAAUUCCUCCGUGCUGUCUCCUCGGUUGGCCAGCUCUUCGUCCCCAUCCCAAAGCCCCGCCCACAUACGGGCAAGGGGGCAGAGCCUUAGCGCAGAUACUGAAGAUUUCGAAUACAGUGCUCAACCUUUAAACUUGUCAUCUGGUCAGAGGGAAAGAGAGAAGCUACGGUGCACACGAACACCAGAGAGGAGGGGGUUGGCCAACAGUAACCCUUUAAAAGGCAGAAAACCCAAAGGCUUGGAAAUCUCUGCCUCUCCUCUUCUCCUGACAGGAAGUGACCUCGUCUCCAUUGCCCUCAACAGCCCGGCGCUGCCCUCUGGGUCUCUUACCCCCGCCUUUCUGACCACACAGACUCCAUCUGGUCUGUUGCUAACUCCCAGUCCUCUGCUGUCCAACAUCCAUUUCUGGUCCGGUCUGAGUCCGGUGGGACCUCUGAGCCCAGCCCAACUGCAGAGCCAUGCCCAACUCUUCCAGUUCCCCACACUGAUGAAUGGAGCCAUUCCCAUUCCUCCUUCCAACGUGGACACGCCCUCUCCUCUGCUGCUCACGUCCAGCUCCCACAAGUCCUGAUGCCAGCAGGAAGCUGGUUCCAGAGGGGCUGAGGACGGUCAGAUCAUCAUCAUCAAGGAGCAGACCAUCCUAAAGCUUGGAUGAAAUUCAACCUGACUGAGUAUACUUACAGCUGAGACUUCUACCUUCAUUCCAGAAGAAACUGGAGCUCCACUCUGAGGAUUUGCUCUCUAAGAAGAGCAUAGUUUGGUUUGUAUGUUUACUUCAGGGUCCCCAUCGUACUUGUGGUAAAACAUCUGACAUGGCGUCAGUGUUCCGUGUCUCUCAUCUCGUUUGAUUGCCAGUCUCUGCCCAAAUGUAGUAAAAUCUCAGCAGAACACAUCUUUUCUUUUGCCAUCUUCUGUAGCCGUCGUAACUCCAUGAAUUUCUUUGCCUCGGAUGUGAGGCAUGUGCAUUACAAUUUAGAAGUAGAACUGUGAAAACUUCUCUCAGCCUUCGGAGACUAAAUAAAACCAGAGUUCCCACGUCUAGACAGCACAUUAAGGCUUUUGCUCUUUUGUGUAUUCAAAAAGUUUUAAAUGAUCAAGUAAGUUAUCAAAAUGUGUUUGAUAGCUUAAAACUUUAUACUCACUAACAGGAACAAUAGGUGCUAGUGGAUAUUAUUGUCUUUGAGCAAGUUGAUGUUUUCCCACCUUUUUGUAAUCUUAAAGCUAAGCUAAUUACUUUCUUCCAUCCGUUCAUCCAUUUUCUUUACACCCUUGUCCCUUAGUGGGGUCGAGAGGGUACUAAUUACUUUCUUGUACCUUACAUUUAGAAAUACGUUUUUUGCCCAAAAAACGGUUAUUGGUUCCAAAAAAAUAUAUACCUAAACAAGUUUAUAAUACAAAAUAAUUAGAAAAUUAGAAUCUAGCAACAACAUCAUGACGUUUUCUGUCACUUUUGAACGGAUCUGGCAUCUUUUUCUGUCACAUUUAACUGCCAACAGUUUUUUAAUGAUCAGUUUCUCUUUCCUGGAUACGGAAAGGCUCAGGAUAAAAUUUGAUCGAACGCUGGAAAAAAUAAAACUGGGCUACAUGAGAUGGGACCAUAAGCGACUCCUAGCAAAGCAUCUGCUAGCCAGAGUAAAAAUGCAGCGCAAAAUUGAUGCACAAUUUUCUAUACUUUUUUUUAUUUUUGCACUGUACUGUACUUUUAAGCAAUCUUUGCUGUAGCUUUUAUGAUGAAAGAUUUCUGUAAAUGUGUCAAAAGCUUUAUAUCUUGGCCAAAACUGCACAAAUAGCUUUUUUUGUAGCUGUGAAAUUGCUCCUGUUUCUUUUUUAUUUUUUAGGAAAUAUGACAGCAAAUUAUCCAUGUUAGUUUCUUAUUUUGUGUUUUUAAAUAAAUUACUUUCUUUAAAAAAAAAAAAAAAAAAGUAUUCUGGUUUCCAAUGUGUUUACCUUGUUAUUACCGUCGUUAUUCAGAAAAUGACUGUUACACACGCGUUUUAUGAAACAAAGUUUUAAAUUUUUUACUUCUGAUGGUUAUGAGAAAUAAAUAGUUCCAGUAAAAAGAGUCACAUAUCAACUGUUCACCGGCAGCUCAGUGUUUCAGAGAGUUUGAGUUGACAACACAGCAGGCCUUCCAUGCAUCAGGCACACACAUAUCCACACACACUCAGACGUAAAACAUACAAUUAAAUCAUCCGUUCAUCUGAAAAAAAGUACAGUUUUACAAUGAUAAAUAUUAAGCCGUUUUAGAAAUCUCCUUUCGUGCAUGUUACUGCUGUUCAUGUACAAAAAAAGUCACAUUAGCAGAAACACAGUUUGCAGUUCACAGGGAAACGAUCCUUAAUUUGGAUAAAGUGGAAUAUACACAAAAAAAAUAUGGAAAAUUUAGAUGUACA